GCAAUUAUGUUAAUAAUGCGCCCAACGUUCGGCAGACGGUACCAAAGCCUUUUUGUAGAUUUCCAGCAUUUUCUCGACAUUCAGGUUGUAGGUAAACAGAUACAAAGUGCCAAAUCCCUGCUUUGAGAAGCAGCCCCAAAGAUGCAUCUUUUUUCCAUGUUUUACGGUCCGCUAGACAAGCUUAUUGAUGGAGGUUGACCAGGCUAAAUUACAUUCCUAAAAUCUCGAUCAAUGUUCUCGUGUGCCCAAGCGGUCGCAUAUUUUUCGGUCAACAAAGGUUGUAUAGUGCCAUUUCAGGUCAUAAGUACGGAGUUGGGUUCGGAUAGUUUCGUACGAUAUAUCUAAACUUUUUGACUUUAAUUUUGCUUGCUCUUGGCGCAGUAUUAAAGUAAGAUUCCGCGAAAACAGAUUCACUAUUCUUUUUUCGUCUUUUUGUCCAAUAUUUGCCUAUCAAGCCAGUUCCGGUAAAUCAUCGACAUUUUUUGCCACAUGAUAUCGCUUUUUCUAUUUCUGUACGAAUACUUUCGAUUUCCUCGUGUGUUUAGCAGCCGCUGAUUGCGACAUUUCGGACUUUUGGGUGGAUGCAAAGGAUACCUUUUAUCAGCAAUCAAUCUCUGAGUAAGGUGAGCGUCAUAAAAGUCAUCGUCAGAGAUAGUCCACAGUUUGAAACGAAAUAUAACGUAACGUCAUGGCUGAGGAUAAUAGCAGUGCUUAUGACGUGAAAGAGUCAUUGGAGGCUGAGAUUAUUAGCAGUGAUUAUGAUGUGAAAGAAUCAUUAGAAGCGGCAAAAUUUAUUUCUGAAAAAGCGCAAGAUGUACAUAUCGAUCAAGAAGGCAUCAAGAAACUGACAGCGCAUGUGAUAACGUAUUUAAGGGAAAAUACGGACGUAUAUAAGCUCACAAACCAUUGCCGACGUCAUGCAACAUAUCCGAGUGAAAAUGACUCGAGAGCAAUAAAUUGGCUGUUUGUGUUGCAAACAUUGAAUUUUGCACUCUGCAAUCGAAAAGGUAGAAAACAAUGGGCAGUUGAUGGUGCAAAGGGAUAUAUCGGAUUAUGUAUUGCUAUUAAAAGAGCCAUUGAUGAAGGAAAACCUAUAUGGGAUCCUAAUUAUUAUACAAAAAUGACACAAAGUGAUUUGGAAUACAUUUUACGAGGUGACGAUGAUGAAACUAGUAUUCCACUAAUACAGGAAAGGUUUACGAUUUUACGUAAAGUUGGAGAAAUUUUGUUGGAUAAAUAUGACGGUACUUUUGUAGAAUGUGUUAAAGCGGCCGAAUAUGAUGCAGACAAAUUGCUAAAAUUACUUUUCGACGAAUUUGAAUCGUAUCGAGACGAAGCAGAAUUUGAAGGUUUAAAAGUUCGUUUGCAUAGCAAGGCUAUGUCAUUAAUAAUCGACAUAUGGUAUUAUUAUAAGCUACAUAAAUUUAACAAUAGAUUUCGACUAGAUACACAAAAGAUGAUGUCUACAAUGUUUAUGGAUUAUCGUACUCCCCAAGUUCUCCUUCAUUUCAAAGUUCUUCGCUAUAGUGAAAUGCUUGUGACUAGAUUUGAAAAUAGUGAUGAACCACUUCAGCAUGGAAGCAGGGAAGAACUAGAGAUACGCGGUUGCUCAUUAAUCGCUGCCCAAAAAUUAUGUGAAGAAGUACGAAGAGAGAGCAAACGUUACGGGAAAGAAAUACCUUUAGUAAAGACAAGAGUGUUCAAUGUACCGAUUUUGGUUGAUAAUUACAUAUUGGGACUUACAGCUUAUUCUCAUGAAGAACUAAUGAAACGAGAACCAUUCCAUUAUGUUAGAAGUGUGUACUACUAGAACGCUAUUAUAUUAUCGUAAAUUUGCAACUAGCUGUUCAAAAUAUACCAAUUUGUAAUAAUAUUGCAUAUAUCACUAUGAAAUAAAAAUAAAAAAAUUCAAGAAAUCUAUUUUGACAAGAUAAGUAUGUAUAUUAGAAAUAUGAUAUAUAAAAUAUUUGGUAAUUUUUCAUUUAAUUCUUUAU